UCGACCACGAUGGCCGACUACCGGCCCAAGAAGCGCGUGCCGACGCAGUUCGUGGCCAGCGGCGUCAAUUUCAAGCUGCCGCGGCCGCUGCAGCGCGAGUGGUGGGAGGACGAGCGAUUUCCAAUUGACGACCUGCAGCCCCUGUACCGCGCCUCGACACAGCGCUACGACGAAACCACGCGCCAAGUUGACAAGCACUCAGGCGAGUACGGCGGAGUUGAGUCGAGUGCCCAGUGGCCCGUGCCUGAUCUCCCAGAGUGGCAAAUUCCAGGCCCGCGACGCCCCUACUUCCACUUCAACACGCUGCGCACGGACGGCCGCUUCGAACGCCUCGCGUCCACGUACACCGAAGACCUGGGCACCGUGGCCCCCGCCGCCCCCAACGAGGUCACGCGGCCCCCGCAAGGACUGCUGCCGUGGGGCGUCACCCAGAGGGAGACCGAGUACCUCAAAGAGUACUCGGCCGAGAUGCUGCGCCACCCGCAGUUCCACCCUCAACGAGGGUCGAGGCACGCGACGACGCAGCAGCCCAGCGCAUGGGAAACCACCUACGAGGCGGCCUGCAACCAAGUGGCGAACGCACCCUCCUGGCUCAAGCACUUCCUCGCGCAACCCUACCCCAAGACCUUCAGAUAAAAUAAUAAUAAAAAACAGAAGAAAAACGAGGGUCGCUCCGCUGCCACAAACAGAGGUUCUUUCUUAUUGCCCUCGCAGCUCGAACACCCUCUUCUGCGCCUAAUUUCUUCUCUUGCCGCAGGAAAUUAAACUGCGCGCGACACGUGUUUGCCUCUUUUCUUAACGAAAACACACGACCCUAAAAGUCACUUGUUGUUCUCUCUUGACAGCUAAUCGUUUAAGACCUUGAACCGCGUUCAAUAUUCAUUAUAAGAUUGAUUUUUUUAUUCUUUGUAAAAAAAACUCCGACUUUUUUUUGUACAAUUGAAUCAAAGAUCAAAGUGAAUAUUGUGACUUUUGAAGCUGUAAAAAUAUAAUUUUUAGCAGCUGAAAUUAGGAUCACAUUUAUGCCCUGGAAAUCUUAGGUCACGUUUCAUAGAAAUCAACUUUUGGAAUAACAGAAAUAAACUUUGUCUGGCGUUGUUAUAGAAGAUUUAAGUUUAAAUAUUUAUUUUUGAGAAAUAGAA